GCUUGCAGGAACCGGCACGAACAACACACAGGAAGGGCAGGUAUCAAAGGCAGAAAUAUCGAGAGAAGAGUUCUUAUUUUGUAUUUUUACUGUAAACAAUUAAAAUGCCGAGAGUUGUGCCUGAUCAACGAAGCAAAUUCGAAAAUGAUGAACUGUUUCGGAAACUUUCACGAGAAUCUGAGGUGUGUAUGCGCAUUGAUUGCUUCAUAAAGGCUUUUUUGCUAGAUUCUGUCUGGUUUAAAGGGCAUUUUGACAGCACUUCAUGCAACAGUGAUCUGAGCGAAUAAGCUUUGUUUCUCUUGCAGAUCAAAUAUACGAUGCACAGAGACAGACCACAAGCAGAACGUAUACAGCAUUUUCAGAACGAUUGCAGAGAAGGCCGAAUCAAUGCCGUAAGUAUUCUAAUUGGGAAGAACGUUCUAAUUGAAAAUCGUCGUUUUGGAAUAUUGGAAAAGUUGCAAUUUAUAAAUGAGGAACGAGAUAUGAAAACUUUAAAAGCUUGUCGUUAGUUUGGCUUUGAACGCAGAAAAUUUAGGGCAGCAGCAACUACUUGCUAAAAGUUGAUGCAAACUUAUAUAUAAAAAAAGCUCAUAGCUUGUGAGUAGUUAAUCACUGAGGACGAAAGCUUUAUAAUCCAGCCAAGUGGCUAGACAAACACGUCGGAACAAAAAGAAUAACAUUAAAAAGUCGGCGGUGGCAAAAUAUAUGACCCGUAAAAUACACAUAAGUUUUUGUUUUGAACUGGGCUUGAGCAAACUGAUUAUUGAACAGUUGCUGAAGCAUUUCCCCACUGCCCAAUGGCGUAUCCCCCCUCCCCCCAAAGAAAAUCAGAACGCAGAAAUGGUUAAAUAGUGUAAUGCCUUCAGUCACAUGGUGAACAUCAUCUUCAGUUAUUGAGCGGGCUAAAACUUUGUCAUGAGAACUAAACGCCAACGUAAAUCCAGAAAGGAUUCAAUUUAAUUUGUUUUACAUUCAAGGGCAACGCAAUUUCGUAAUAUGAAGAAAAAUUCCAACCCUUCAAAAGCGAUUUAUAUACGAGUUAAGAAUAUUCUGAGAUAGAAUUAGGAGAAAUAAUUCUCUCUCUUUACCAACAGGAUUAGUUUUAAGUUGUUAAUGUAUCUUUUGAAUAAUAUAUAACAAUUGAACAUACACAUUGAGAAUAUAUUUUAUAUAGAACGUUGAGACUUUCUGUUCCAUGACAAUGCUAAUAGCAAUACAAGACGGUCUGAAUAAUUUAAAAGAUAGUCAAAUUGCUUCAGAACGUACACUUCUCAAAGUAUUUGAAAAUUUUAGUAAUAGCUAGAUUUUUCCAGAUUCAGUGACACACAGGUCAUGCUAGUUACAAAUUGGAGGUCAAUAUGGCUUUUUCCUCUUUUGGACAGACAAGACUUCUGACAAAAACCUAAUAUAGUCUUUAGAGUAAAAAAAGUCAAAAAUUAUAUUUGCAAUUUUUUUUUGCCACAAGUGACAAGUUGUUGUUUUCAAUCAGAGAUCAUUAAUAUUAAAGAUGUGAAUUUCUUUUUUCAUUUAGUCCUUUGUCGCAACUGGAACGAACAUCUGCUUGUUUUUUCCAAAACCUGAUAACAUGCUCUCAACUCCAUUUAUAAACUUCGAACAAGAACCUGGAAAGGUGGGUAGUAUACAUUAAUACUACACGCAAAAUAGCGUGUUAUUUAUUUUGCGCUUGCUUGAUUCAAGUGCUUGACCUUGUCAAGAAGAUACUCGAGAUUUGUUGCGUUUCCAUCGAAAAAUUCCAGUAUAUUGUAUAAGCACGCGUUGCUUCGUAAAUAAUCAAUGAAAUAAAUCAUUCAUGAUUGUGGGGAACAGUUGGAGCCAGAUUGCCUACAGUGCUGUGAUGCGAUAAAAGCUUGCAAUGCACGUCAUCUCGAAUGACUUGCGUUAAACUCGUAAACAAUCGAGAACGUAAUGUGAUCUAGCAAAAAAAAAUUUAAAUAGUUUACUAAACCUCUAGUAUGGAGAACAGUUUAGGACUGAUAAAUGAUAGUGUCGCUCAGUAUAAAACGUUAUCUUUAUAAUAAAUCUUGACUUGAUAUUUUUAUGAUAAUCAGUGAUGCGCAUCAGUGACAUUGUUGUCAGUUAUUAGCCGAGUUUAGGCAAUCAGCUGCUUGACUAAUAACGGUGUUUUGGAGGCAGAUGGUUGAAUAUGAUUCAUAUCACUGAUAUAUUUAACUAUCCUGAAGCAGGUGUUCGAAGUUCAUAAUGCAACAAAGGAAACUUAAAAAUUGUGUGCAUGCAAAUACUGAUAUGACGAUAUAAUGUUUUAUACCGAUUACACGAUACGUGCAGUAAUGCCCAUCUCUUAAUUACUUUUAAAAAUCUCUUGCUUGUCCAGUACGGAGUGUUACUACAAAAGGGAACACUCUACCUCCUAGUAACACUGCCGACUACCAAACGGUUGUAGUUAGAUGAGAGAAUUGUAUUCAAAUUCUUCCAUGAUCGAGGGUUAUAGAAAAUCUUAUAAUUAUUCACUACAAUAUCAAUAGUACAUAUGAUUCAUGUAGUAUCGUUGCUACAUAUGAUUCAUGUAGUAUCGUUGCUAUAUUGAUAAUCAUCUUUCAUAAUUAUCAUAAUAAUAAUCCAAUCAUGUUAUGCCUUUGUAACAUUUUAAUGGCACGUGUCACAAAUUGCGACUUUGUAGACUGCUAGUGCUACGGGCUAUACAGUAUAGCCUAUUAACAUUGCAAAGAAAGCUAUAAUCAAAUCAGUCGACAACCUCUUGAUAUUUAAUUUUUUGAAUUUGUAUCUUAAUUUAAUAUUAUUUGUUACUUGGGACAAAAGGCCAUGUAUAUUGAUUCAGCAAAAAUGAUACCACUUUCUUGGUUGACUAAUAUGACUUAUUGAAUAGUGUUGCGUACAAAAACACGUAGUUUCAAAUUAUGACCUUUGAUAUUCAAUAGAAAAACGUCAUUCUCUUGAAGCUUCUUAAACAGAGCGUAUAUUGAAAUAAACGGCUGAACUUUUAUGGUGUUUGUCGUAAUUUGCCUACGGAUACAUAUACUUUAGACUGUGUGUUUUACGUGAAUAUUGGAGGUUUUACGUUCAUAAAGAGCACUUUAUAAAAAAAAAACACAAAAAAAAACAGGACAGAAAGUUUAAAAUACUAUAAACGGGUAUAUCUACUGUACGGCGGACGUGUGUUUGUGACCUACACUGGAUCUCUAGGAACUGUUUUUCCAAGAGUUAUCCCGUAUAAGUAAAGUUUAGUAAAUGAAUUUGUAAUUAAAUUUGUUUUUGUCAUUUUAGGUUCAUAUUCGAAGCUCAUUCAUUAUGAACGGAGUAUGCGUGUUUUUCAAAGGAUGGUUCGACUUACACAGACUAGAUGGUAUUGGGUGUCUGGAAUUCGACGAAGCCACAGCGCAGGUUGAAGACAAACUCAUGCGAGAGACGCUGGCUCGAGCAAGAAUAAAACUAGCAGAAUUUGAAGAGAAGCAAAGAGCAUGGAGGGAUGACAAUAAACCUGAUGGUACGGUAGGGCUUCGUGAUUCAGUUCAUUUUAACCAUGCUUUAUUUCAAAACGAAUAAUUAGCCAAUAAAAAUCAUUGUAGCUUUAUUUUCCAUUCUCUCAGCACUCCUCGGACACCCAAGACAGGCGUGAUGGACUGGUAACUAGCUGCCAAGCCAAUCAGAUGAGAGAAAGAACGACUGACGAAUGGUGAUGGAGGUCAGGAACAAUGACAUACUCAUAUGCUGGUCGUGAAAUAAGAAAUGAAGUGGCAACUUAUAAGAUACGACUUAGUUUCCUCACUUUAAAAUCCUUUCAAAGAACGAAUCAUAAACAUUCAUCACUUCUGAUUCAGAAAGCCAUUCACCGAAAGAAUUAGCUUGAAUUUUAGCUAUCAUCUUACAAAACCCUGAAAAAUCUGUGACUUUGCUUUGUCAAAGAAAAAAGCCGUUUUAAGAACCAUACGAAAUAUGGAAAUGCACAAUAGGUUGUAAAUUGUCAAGGGUUAAACCCCAUGUAAAGCAUGAGUCGGUGAAUUUUGUACAUCAACUAUUACAUAGGAUGAUUCUAGACAUAUUACAACAUAUAAUGCACUAUUUAUAAUGCUAGCACGAACGCUUCUAGGUGAUAAUAUAUUGUAAUAUAAGAGAUAUUUGUAAAAUAAACAAAGUUUGCUAAAAAGA